CACAGGAUGUCUCUGCCGUCCACCUCGCUGCUGCUUCUUCUUCUCUGCCUCCACGGCACCACAGCCCUGAAGAUCUGCUCCUUCAAUGUGAGGUCCUUCGGGGAAUCCAAGAAGGAAAAUGGAGAAGCCAUGGACAUCAUUGUUAAGAUCAUCAAACGCUGUGACAUCAUGCUCCUGAUGGAGAUCAAGGACAGCAACGACAUGAUUGGCCCCAUGCUGAUGGAGAAGCUGAACGGAAAUUCAAGAGCCACAACAUACAACUUUGUGAUUAGUCCUCGUCUCGGAAGAAGCACAUAUAAAGAGCAGUAUGCCUUUAUCUACAAGGAAAAACUAGUGUCUGUGAAGAAAAGCUACCUCUACCACGACUAUCAGGCUGGAGAUGAGGACGUGUUUUCCAGAGAACCCUUCGUGGUUUGGUUCCAGUCGCCACACACUGCUGUUCAGGAUUUUGUCAUCAUCCCCUUGCACACCACGCCUGAGACUUCCGUCAAAGAGAUAGACGAGCUGGUGGACGUCUACAAAGCCGUGAGCCGCAAGUGGAAGGCAGAGAAUUUCAUUUUAAUGGGCGACUUCAAUGCUGGCUGCAGCUACGUUCCCAAGAAGGCCUGGAGGAACAUCCGCCUGAGGACUGACCGGAACUUUGUGUGGCUGAUCGGGGACCAAGAAGACACCACAGUCAAGAAAAGUACCAACUGUGCUUAUGACAGGAUCGUGGUCCGGGGACGAGAACUUGUGGACUCUGUGGUUCCCAAAUCAAGCAGCGUCUUUGACUUCCAGAAAGCAUAUGGGCUGACUGAAGAGCAGGCCCUGGAUGUCAGCGACCACUUUCCAGUUGAAUUUAAGUUGCAGACUUCAAGGGCCUUCUCCAACAACAAAAAGAAGUCUGUCUCUCCAAGGAAGGGGAGAAAGAGCCGUCGCUCUUAGAGAGGCAGGCACUGCUGCAUUAGCCAUUCUUGUGGUAAAUAAAACAGCUCUAGUGGGUAGGAGCUACUCCUUGCGCUCAGGAACCAAGACUAACCCAGCUGCUUCCGUCUUUCAAGUUGAAUUUUGUCCACCUCAAGUUAAAUUGGGAGGAGAAAAUCCUACCCACUGUCUUGGGUCAUACCUCCCUCAAAGUGCCUAGAACAAAACUGGGGUCUUUUGCCAUCAAACCUGAUCAUCUUUACACUCUGAACUACUGAUUGCCACCCCCACUACCAUCACCUGGCCAAGAGAAACUCAGGAGGAAGAACUUUGUUUCCACCUUUAUGUAGGGGGUCUGGGAAGACCACACUCAGAUACACCGUGGCUCCAACUGCACCCCGAUGAUUGGACAAGCCCCUUUCAUUAGGGAUCAGGAGUCAAAUCCCCAUUUUGCCCUGCAGGAACUAAGGAGGAAGGAAAGAGGCCUUUCUCCUGAUCUUCUUGACUAGAUUGGCCCAGUCACCUUGGGAUACCCCUUUAAAAUUCCAUCAUAACUACUGACUGCUCCCCACACCACUCCUGCUUUUAAAUCUUGCUAGAAUUCACCAGGUACCAGGACAAAGCCAGAUGCUUGGGGACCUACAGAAGCUCUCUGAUGACAGAAUAGCAGGUCAACCUUAACUGGGACGGUCUUCCCUGGGCCUUCCCUGGCCCCACAUGCCCUCAGCUUUCCCUCUUUCUGGAACUGGCUCCGUCCGCUUGGCUUUUCUUUAACUCUGGGCCUGAGUCAAGUGCCCCCAAGCAUCCACUUGUGCGCCCUACUCCUAUUGUAUUGUUCACCAUGUGCAUGGAUCUUGGGCCAGACUUGGGCUCCUUGUGAGGAACCUGAGGUGACAGAGGCUGGUUGGGAGUUUUGAUAAUCUUGUUAUCUUUCUGCAACCAUUGAGUGGCAGAGGAGUCCUGCAAAGUAGCACCAUUUGGGUGGCAAUCCCAGGGGCAAUUUUGUGUUUGUUUUUCUUGGUUUUCCCCACCUGGUCAUAAUUCUUGAACAUGAUUGAUUAUGUCUCAGCACUAAAGAAUAAGCAGCGGCUGGAAUGACAUCCCCAGAACGCAAGUUUCCUGUCUCAGACCUGAACCCUCUCAGCACUUGGGUUCACACACAGAAUCUUUGCUUACAUAAACAGCAGGUGGAGCAUUGAAAAGCAGAGGGAACAGU